AUGUGGAUACGCGACAUCAAGAUGCGGAAGCACGCCCUGCCCGUCUAUUCGCUUCUUCUGUAUCGGCUUCAACACAACGCCCUCUUCUUCGGCUACCGGCUUCAGCAUUUUCACGAAGCACAGCGCUUGUGCCACCAUGGAUGUGGUGUGCUGGAGCCCGCGCCCCACCUCCUUUGGUACUGCGCCUUUGCCGUGCACGUGUGGAACGACUGGCUUCCCACGUUCCAUCGCUUCUUCACAUCUCCACUAGAGUGGGAAUCACUCCUCUGGUUCAAGAUUACGCCUACGCCUUCAGCCAAGACCCAGUACGGCUACAGCCUCUUUGGGAUCCUCCACAUCGUACAGUCUGUGGUUAUGCGGUGUUUGUGGAUGCACCGGGACGAUAUCCACUUUCACGACCUCUUCGCCAACCUGAUCGACGUUCAAGCUCGGAUCAAGGCUGUCAUCUCACUCCAUGUUGAACGCUACUAUCGGGACCUUCUACUCAAGCCCCUGCGCCACUCCGGGUAUCAGCGCCGACAUCUGCAAAGACUCGUAACAACCCUUGGGAUCUCAGCUAUAAUCCCACCGCCAGCUGGCGCUGACGAACCCCGACUGGAAUACUGCGGCGAGUAG